AUCGUCAUCAUCAUCAUCAUCAUCAUCAUUAUCAUCAUCACCGCCGUCUUGGCCAUAACGAGCGUGCGGGCGGCGAGAGCUUCCCACCCGCUCCAGGAUGAACAUCCAGGUCCUGUCCGACCACAAGCUCUCGGCGGUGGUCCCGCUGAAGCCCUACAGCCAUGUGGAGAAGAAGGACGUGGAGCUCAUCCUGGUGAAGGACCUGAACGGGGUCCAGUACACGAGCUCGUCCAUCAUCCCCGCGCCCGACGCGUUCUCGCAUUCCGCGACCAGCCCGUCCGGGGACCAGGACCGGGAGAUAUGGGGCAAGAAACUAGACUUCCUGCUGUCCGUCAUCGGCUUCGCCGUGGACCUGGCCAACGUGUGGAGGUUCCCGUACCUGUGCUACAAGAACGGAGGAGGUGCCUUUCUCAUCCCCUACACCCUGUUUCUGCUCAUUGCCGGGAUGCCCCUGUUCUACAUGGAGCUUGCCCUGGGGCAGUACAACCGGGAGGGGGCUGCCACAAUCUGGAAGAUCUGCCCCGUGUUCAAAGGAGUGGGCUACACCGUCAUUGUCAUCGCGCUGUACGUGGGCUUCUACUACAACGUGAUCAUAGCCUGGUCCCUAUACUACCUGUACUCCUCCUUCACCAAUGAGCUACCUUGGUUUCGCUGUGGGAACGUCUGGAACAGCCCCAACUGCACAGAUCCACAACGGGCCAACAUCUCCUGCCUUGGAAACGGGACUAUGUACUCCAAAUGCAAGAACACGCCAGCCGCCGAGUUUUACGAGCGCGGCAUGCUCCACCUGCAUGAGAGUGAGGGCAUCCAUGACCUGGGCUUGCCUCGAUGGGAGCUCUCACUCUGCCUCGUGGUGGUGGUCUUCAUCCUCUACUUCAGCUUGUGGAAGGGCGUCAAAUCUUCGGGGAAGGUGGUGUACAUCACGGCUACCAUGCCCUACGUGGUACUCUUCGUCCUCCUCAUCAGGGGCGUCACCCUUCCUGGUGCCAUCGAUGGCAUCAAGGCAUACCUGCACAUUGACUUCAAACAGCUGAACAACCCCACGGUCUGGAUUGAUGCAGCGACUCAGAUCUUCUUCUCCUUAGGAGCAGGUUUCGGGGUGCUCAUUGCAUUCGCCAGCUACAAUAAGUUUGAUAAUAACUGCUACAGGGAUGCUAUCCUGACCAGUACCGUCAACUGUGUCACCAGUUUCUUUUCUGGUUUUGCCAUCUUCUCUGUGCUGGGGUACAUGGCCUACAAACAUGGAGUGAAGAUUGAGGAAGUGGCCACAGAUGGAGCAGGGCUGGUGUUCAUAAUUUACCCUGAAGCCAUCUCCACUCUACCAGGGUCUACCUUCUGGGCCAUAGUCUUCUUCAUUAUGCUCCUAACACUUGGCAUUGACAGUUCUAUGGGCGGCAUGGAGGCUGUCAUUACAGGCCUCACCGAUGACUUCAAGUUCCUCAAGAGGAACAGGAAGGUGUUCACCUUCGUCAUAGCUUUCGGAACCUUUCUGGUGGCCUUGUGUUGCAUCACCAAUGGUGGGAUCUAUGUAGUGACGCUGCUGGACACCUACGCCGCAGGAACUUCUAUUCUCUUUGGGGUGUUGAUUGAGGCCAUUGGGGUCUCUUGGUUCUAUGGGGUGGACAGAUUCGGUGAGGAUAUUGAACGCAUGAUGGGCUUCAAACCAGGCCUGUACUGGAGACUCUGCUGGAAGUUUGUCAGUCCUGCAUUUCUCCUGUUUGUGGUGAUCGCCAGUAUCGUGACUGCCCCUGGCCUGAAAUACGAUGAAUAUGUCUUUCCACCGUGGUCCAACGCAGUUGGCUGGAUCAUAGCGAUGUCCUCAAUGCUCUUUGUGCCUGUCUAUGCCAUCUACAAGUUCUUUAGCAUUCCUGGGAGUUUUAAACAGAGACUUGCGUACUGCAUCACCCCUGAGCACGAACAUCACCUGGUGGCUGAAGGCAGUGUUCGGCAGUUCAAGAAAGAACACUGGCUCGCCAUUUGACACAACGACAACGUAUAUACAGCUGGCCCAGCGAGAUGCGACACGCAGUUUCUCAGCC